UUUCUGGCGCUGGUAGCAAACUUUGGGAAUGAUAGAAAGGGCUGUUGAAGAUAAUCGCUGAGAGGAGGUGGAAUGCUACUGAUUUGCGGAUUAGAGUAACAUUCACACUUUGUUUUCUGUAAGCACCCAGCUCUAGUGCUUGGAUUCAGCAGGAUAGAAAUAAAGGUACGCAAUCCUGAGACAUGUCGGAGGACCUGAGCUCCCAACCCUGGUCCAUCAACAGGGAUGACUAUGAGCUGCAGGAGGUUAUAGGGAGUGGAGCUACAGCUGUUGUCCAGGCUGCCUACUGUGUCCCCAGGAAGGAGAAGGUCGCCAUCAAACGCAUCAAUCUGGAAAAAUGCCAGACCAGCAUGGAUGAACUUCUGAAAGAGAUCCAGGCAAUGAGUCAGUGUCACCAUCCCAACAUUGUGUCGUACUACACCUCGUUUGUGGUGAAGGAUGAGCUGUGGUUGGUGAUGAAGCUGCUCAGCGGUGGCUCAGUGUUGGACAUAAUAAAGCACAUCAUUUCAAAAGGGGAACACAAGACUGGUGUACUGGACGAACCCAGUAUAGCAACUGUUUUGAAAGAGGUUCUUCAGGGUCUAGAGUACCUUCACAAAAAUGGACAGAUCCACAGGGAUCUUAAAGCUGGAAACAUUUUGCUGGGAGAGGAUGGAUCUGUGCAGAUUGCAGAUUUUGGUGUAAGUGCCUUCUUAGCCACAGGUGGUGAUAUGACUAGAAAUAAAGUACGGAAGACGUUUGUGGGAACGCCAUGUUGGAUGGCACCAGAGGUGAUGGAGCAGGUGAAAGGUUACGACUUCAAAGCAGACAUGUGGAGUUUUGGGAUUACGGCCAUAGAGCUGGCCACCGGCGCUGCUCCUUACCACAAAUACCCUCCAAUGAAGGUGUUGAUGUUGACUCUGCAGAAUGACCCACCUUGCCUUGAGACUGGAAUCGCAGACAAAGAGAUUGUGAAGAAAUACGGAAAAUCCUUGAGGAAAAUGAUCUCCUUGUGUUUGCAGAAGGACCCAGAGAAAAGGCCAACAUCAUCAGAACUCUUAAAACAUAAAUUCUUCCAGAAAGCCAAGAAUAAUGAAUAUCUGCAGGACAAAUUACUACAAAGAGCACCUACAAUAACAGAGAGGGCGAAAAAGGUACGGCGAGUUCCUGGCUCCAGUGGGAGGCUCCAUAAAACAGAAGAUGGCGAAUGGGAAUGGAGUGAUGAUGAACUGGAUGAGGAGAGUGAGGAGGGCAAAGCUGCUGUUUCUGCCUUACGGUCACCUAGAGUAAAAGAAGGACUGCAGAAUACAGAGAUUUUCCAAGCCUAUGGCAGUCAUCUCCAGCCUGAUCUACCUCAUGGUGCUGGCCAGGGCUCAGCUCAAGCUUCACCACCCAGCGCUCAACAUACUGCCCCAAAUACACCCCCGUCACAUGGCCAGCCCACAGUCGCAAACCCUGCACAGGCACCAGUUCCUGGAGGUGAUGCCUCCCAAUCCCCCAUCAGUUUGGUAUUAAGGUUAAGAAACUUGAAAAAGGAGCUGAAUGACAUCCGAUUUGAGUUUAUGCCUGGCAGAGACACGGCAGAUGGGGUUUCUCAAGAGCUGGUAUCAGCCGGCUUGGUAGAUGGGAGAGAUUUAGUUAUAGUUGCUGCUAAUUUGCAGAAGAUUGUCGAAGAGCCUCAUUCCAAUAAAAAUGUCACUUUUAAGCUGGCCUCUGGGGUUGAGGGUUCUGAUAUUCCUGAUGAUGUCAAACUCUUGGGAUUUGCUCAGCUCAGCAUUAGCUAAACUUUUGCUCUGUGCGGGACCAUGACUUGCCUACAAAUGUGAAAACAAACCAACACCAACACCAACAACCAACAGAAUGACACGUUGAUAUAUUUUUUCCUCUCUCACUUACCCGAAAGAAACCACUGUUGCCAAAGAGCAAAGCCCAUAGGAUUUCUCAAAAUGGCUCAACUGCAGAGGACAGUUGAACAAGAUUUAUCAUUAUUUGUAGGAAUCAAUAAAAAAUAAAGUUUACGAUUUAUGCAUAAGGAUGCAGUUAUCACAACCAGAUAUAACCUUAAUGUUUUUAUGUUUCUCUUUCAUUUCUUCUUGUUUUCUCUACAAUGUUUGUCCUAUGUUUGCACAAUCUAAACUAACACCCAAAAAAUUUAAAAAUGCCUCAUCUCCAUGUGUGCAUAUGAGUGCCUAUAAGGGGAGCGAAAUGCAAAGAAACAUGAAGUUUACUGUAAAAAUAAGUAAAUUUGGUUACAACAGCUACAAACGCAUUUGUUUUACCUGUAUUUCUUCUGUGCUUUUGAAGACAAGCAACUAGUGUGUUCAGUCAGUCUGCUAUUCACACACACUUGCAUUAUUUACUUGGAAGGUUCAUUUAAACAAGCUUUGUGACAAUUUUUCUAAAUCUUGAUUUGAAUCAUUUUAAAUCUCAAUUUAAAAUAUUGUUUUUUAAAUUUACCCUUCUCUAAUGGAAAUUCUGAUUUCUUCAUUGUACACUGGCUAGUGUCGAUACACUACAAAUAUUCUUAAUUUAAAUUGCAUUGCAGAUUAGUAAUUUAAAGGAAUAUUCCAGGUUCAAUACAAGUUAAGCUCAAUUUUUUAAAGUAAAGGAGGGACGAGUCGAAAUUUUUUGUGGUAAUCAACAUCAUGUCACAAAUGCUGUCGAUUGAGCUUAACUUGUAUUGAACCUGUAAUAUUUCUUUAAGACAAUGCAGCAGGCAGUUGAAUCUGUUCUAUAUGUCCUUAAAAGUUGGUUUUAGUAGUUUUUAUUUUAUUUUAUUUUUUUUAUUUUUUUUAUUUUUUUUGGCUGUCUGAACUGGGCAAUUUGCAAAUGGCUCUAUCCCACUCUGCUCUGAAAUACAAGUUCUUGCCUUAAAACCCGAUCUCAUGAAAAGUCGUGCAUAAUUUACGAGUUGGCUAUUUCGUAUGGUCUCGCACGAUGUUGUUUGCAUAAACUCGUAUGACUUCAUCACGUGCAAAUGCUCGGAACUGCACCCAAGACUUUCACCCACUGUUGCGCUUGUGUAUAUGGUUGAUUGACAAUAAAGUGAUUUGAUAAUGCGGAAGCGCGAGUUCCACGCACGAGGCGUUAAGGACAUACUUAUUAAUAUUAUGCCCUUACCCAAACCCCUUAUCUAAACUUAACCAAUCAGUAGAGUGUGUAAACAUGAUAGGAAGCUGUUGUGUGUAACAGAAGCAAGUAAUUGGCGCGUAUUAGAUGGAAACGAUGUCCAGCGAUGUCAUUGGCUGUAGUGAAAGUCGUAGGAAUUCAAACGAGUGCAGUCGCACGAUAUCAUACAAAUGAGCCAAAUUUGGAAAAGUCAUACGAAUCCUGACGAUUUCGCCUUGAGAGUGUGUUGGUUUCUACAUAUUUUUACAUACUAUACAGUAUAUUUUGCUUUAGGUUGGUUACAUAUUAAUUUGUGAAUUUGUAUUUAAAAUUUCACAACUUUAUCUGUGAAUUCAGUUCAUUUUAUAAGUAUCUCUCUGUAAGUAAUUUAGAAGUUCAUCAAAGUAGCUGAGAUACUCUCUGAUGAAACUUUGGUGUUUGGCUUUGUUUCUGCUCUGGAAUUGAACUCUUUAAGUAUUCAUGUGUAUUUCUGAUGUGGAUUAACUUGAUUGAACUUGCUCUUGUUUGUAAAUAGUGUAAUUUGGCAUUGAGUUGAUUUUAUAUGGGAUGUUUCACUCAUGGCCUUUGUGUUCUUCAUAAAUAAGGUGAUGGGAGGUGGUGUUGGCUACAAAAGACACAUUUGUGAGUUUUGCUGUUUUGUCUUUGUCUACGAGGGUGCCUAUAAUCACAAGAGUUUCUUUAUUCAGUGUGUCAGAUGAUUUUCAGCAGGCCAGCUCUAAACUUGUUCUAUCAGAGUUUCUUUGAGAGUCUGUUUACUUAACAUCAUAUAUGCAGCAUAUCUCAAAACAUAAAUAAGAUGCUUUAAACAUAUUGCCACCUGCUGUGAGAACAGCCUAGAAUAAUCUUGAGUAUAUAUUUUAAAUAUCACUCCUCUCACUUAAAGCAGUAUUUCUUCUGAUUUUCAGAAUUUCCCUUUGGCCUUUUUUAUUUGUAAUAUAUAUAUAUAUAAUUAGCUAAUUAUUAAAUAAUUUCAAACAUUUUCCCCCAUUUUAUUUUCCAGUUUUAUUGAGAAGAAUUUGAAAGAUCUUUAGGAGGAAACUUAAAGACAAGUAUUGUGGAAAAGUUAAUAUAACACCUGCCUUUUCAGAUCCAACCCCUCCUCUUGACUGUACAGUCACAACAAAACUGGCCCACUAAAAAAUUUAAAAAUGUUUAAUUAAAUUGCUUGCAUUCAAGUGCUACUGAAAUAAAGUAUUGCUUUUAAUAAGAAACUAUGAACAUCUGGGAUGCUAUGCAAUUUAAAAGAUGGAUAACACAAUAAUAUGUUUAGAACUAAUAGUACUAUUUUAAAAUAAUAUAAUAAUAUCCAAAUAUAAUAAUGCAUAGCAUUUCACACAGUCGCACAUAUAUCCUGGCCUAUGCUUUUGCCAAUCUCUCUUAAAUGCGGAAGAGUGUUGUAAUGUAUUGACAGAAUCAGUUUACUGUAAGGAAUAAAAGCAACACAAAUAAGAAUAAAACAAUAAGAUCAAUUUAUUUUUCUUCAGUUUAUGUUCACUUUAGUCAUCCUUUUCUCUGGCUUGUUUUGAAUUUUAAGGCAUGUUUCUUAAAAUGCUUUAAAAUCAAUAAAGAAUGAACAUAUCAAGUCAA